CCCUCAGGCCGGGGAGAGAUCACGGGAGGCAGGGGCGGAAGUGGAGAGGUGGGGAAAGGGACGGUGGUCGUCGUCUCCUAGCGAAGGCGGGAAUCGGGCAGGUCUCCUCCUAGUAGUAGCGGAGGAGGAGGAGCAGCAGCUUCGGCGGGAGCGCCGGCCUUCUGCAAAAGCUGACCCCCAGCCAGCAUGGACCGCUACACUUCGCAGAGGCUGGCCUCCCUGGCCCUGCGGGAGCUGUGCACGUCGGGGGGCUGCCUGCGCCAGGACGAGCUAUGCCGGCGCGUGGCCCUCGGCGUGAGCGCGGAGCUCCUGGGCCCGCUGUUCCAGGACGCGCGCAAGUUCACGGUGGUGACCCGGGAGGAGGCCCCCUCGGCGGCCGAAGGAGGAGGAGAAGAUGGAGAUGCCCAGGUCGUGGUGGCCACCACCGGGGCGCGGCUGUGCCCGGAGCACGGCAGCGGGAAGUGCCAGGGCCACUGCCGGCAGCUGCACGUCUGCCGCUACUUCGUGGGCGGCGGGUGCCGUAACCUGGACGGCAGGUAAGGCCGGCGGAGACCCCCUUCAACCCCCCCCCAAAAAAUGCUUCAUCGCCGGCGUGUUUGUUCGGAAGCAAGACGCACCCCUCGAGUUAAUGGGGUGCUUGUUUUCUUACUCCAUAGGGAGCGUCGUCUAGGAUUGCCGUGGGUGGGGAGCGGAGGGUUACUAUUGAGGAAGGGCGUCGUGCAAGCGGGGCAGCGACCCCACUCCCGCAAAAACUAGGGUUGCUAUUGAAUGAGCUUUGUUCGGACUUGCUUCCGGGUAAACUUUUGCGCCCAGGGUCGGGACUGCAAGAGAAUUGCGGUGCGUGGACGGGGGAAGCUGAACCGGUUUGUAGAUCCCGAGCCGUGUAGCUGGAUUGGGGCGGGGCGAGGGAAGUGCCGGGCAGCCCCGAGUUGUUGUUCAAGAGUGAAUGUUUGAGCUGUGGGGGGCGAGACUCCUCCGUCCAUCUUCCCCGACUUUUAAGUGUGGGGCGGAGCUUCUCUUGCUACCAUUGUUCGAAGUCCCAGGCUCUAGUGUAUGUGGACGUGUAAGGAAGUACGUACGGUUUUAAACGUUCCCUUUUUUGCAUUCUGUUAGUAUGUGCCAUGGAAAUAAGUUGAGUUUACCUUCUGUAGAGGGUUGCAUAAUUUUGAAGAGACAAAAAGAGGACACAUUUGCCGACUUUCACUUUUUACUUUCAUGGAACACCAUGAAAAGGAGUGCGUGUCCUGUAAAAAGAGGACAUAUAGCAACCCAUAUGUGAACAUAUUUUUACCAAAAGCAAACUUUUGAAAGAGGAUGGCUUUCUUCUUCUUUUUGCCAGUAUGCAAAUCAUUCAGGUAAAAAUUAAAUUUGGUGGUCUCUGGUAAGGUGUCUUUGCCAUUUUAAUUUAAUUUUUAAAUGGAUUUAUUUUGCUUGCUUUUGUUAUGCCCAAUUCCCAAAGACUUAAACGACCAAUCAAAGGACAGUUUGUGAUUCUUGCUGCCAUUAGUUUUACAGUACAUCAUGUUUGCAUACUAUUAUUAAUGUCUUUUUCUCUAGACGGGACUCAAGGCAACUGAUAGAUAAAAAUGAGAACUAUUGAAAACGUAGGAAAAACCCUCAAAACCCUAGCAGGUUCCUAUAAGGGAAUGCAGUCUUUCAGAUAGUUUGGAGCUAAGCUGUAUACAAGUACUAAUACAUAGUAAAGCAAAUUAUAACUUUGGAGUUCAUGAGUGUUGUUUGUGACUGUUAAAACUACCCCCAUCUAUCUUUCUUUCACCUAUGUUUUUACCUCCUUGCUCAGGAGAUCUUAAAACAUACUGUGAACUCGUUUUCCAUGUUAGUUUGUUGCAGCAAAAACAACAGCCUUGCAAUGUCUUUUAAAAAAUUAUAUAAAUUAUAUAAUUAUAUUUAAAUUAUAUAAGCCUUUGUGAAUACAGUCCACUUCAUUUUGCUUGAACUCAUGUGACACUGCUUGCUUUCUCCAUUCAUUUGUCCUGUCCUAAUCAUGCACUUCUGCUUUUUCAGGCAUCUCUUGAAUUUCAAGAUGAUGAAACUUGAUAAAUUGGGCUUUAAAAAACAGAACCCAUAGUUUUACCUUCAACCUGUUUUUAACUUAAGACUUUUAAAAUUUUGGUGUAUAUUUUUUGUUCUGUGGAAACCCAUUUAGAGGUUUCAGCAAUUAAGCUGUAUAUAAAUUAAAAUAUGUAUAUAUUUUCCAAAUUGCUGUUGGACAAAGAUUGCUGGAACUGUAGUCCUAUAUGUACUUACCUGGGAGUAAGCCCCAAUAAACACGUUGAUAUUUAUUCCAAGUAAACCUGCAUAGAAUUGGGCUGCAUGAUUACCUUUGGCUAUGAACAACAUGCAGCUUCAGUUCAUCUUUGAUGGUAAAAGCAGAAUGCUAUUACAAGCAUGUUUAAUGUUUUCGAAAUUUACAGGAAGCCAUGCAAGUUCAUCCAUGACUUUCAUUCACCCCAUAACCUCCCUGUCCUAAAAGAGCAUGGGCUCGAAAGCUUAAAGGAUGAUGAAUUGUGUCAGCUUCUGCUUCAGAAUGAUGCUUCACUCUUACCUGAGGUGAGGACUUUCACUCGUGAAUGAUGAGACUUUUAAUGAAUCUCUAAACAACCAGUGAGCAUACCAGAUAUCUGGACCUUUGGACCCUUCAGGAACUUGAUUAGAGAACUCCAGCUUGUACUUCCGUUAAUUUAUUUUAAAUGAAAGUGAUUAAACCAUGUAGCUGCGGUGUUCAAGCAGCUAUUGUAAACUUGAGAUAGCCAUUAUAAUGUGUGAGCAAAACCAACCAGCAUGUUGUGAGUUGAGCUCAAUGUGUUUCUUUCCUGGUGCAAGGAAUGUGCUUUUUGCUUGGCUUAGAGAGAUAAGGAAAAGGUUACAAUAUGCCCUGCCUAAAGCAUUGCAAGAAUGCGAUGAAACCCCUCUUUAAUGAUUUGUAUGUGUAUGCAUCCCCCACAUUCUUGAAAAGGAUAUGUCAGUUAUUUGUGUGUUACUACAGCCUUGCAAGUACAGUGGUACCUUGGCUUAAGUACUUAAUUCGUUCUGGAGGUCCGUUCUUAACCUGAAACUGUUCUUAACCUGAAGCACCACUUUAGCUAAUGGGGCCUGCCGCUGCACGAUUUCUGUUCUCAUCCUGAAGCAAAGUUCUUAACCUGAGGUACUAUUUCUGGGUUAGCAGAGUCUGUAACCUGAAGCGUAUGUAACCUGAGGCGUUUGUAACCUGCGGUACCACUGUAAGUCCUUCAGAAAUUACUAGUGCAAAUGCAUGCCUCUUUGUUGGUUAUUUUUGGUUCCAAAUGGAAGGAGCAUGUUUGGUAAAUCUUCACUGCCUGAUUGUCUUUAUAGGCAAUUGGCUGUUUACAAGGUUUGUUGUUACUUAAGUUAGUUCUGCAGCUUAUGAUAUUUCUGAUGUGCUGGAGAUGUUCUCCACUUCAGAGUGGUGGAAUACAGUGAAGAAGUCUUCACAAUUGCUUCCUUGCACCUGUUUGGCACUUCAAUGGCAUCCAGUUGACCACUGUGAGAACAGGAUACUGGCUUCGAUGGGCCACUGGCUUGAUGCAGCAGGCUCUUUCUAUGCUAGUUAAAAAAAAUUUUUCAUUAGGGCAUUCAGUGGCCUUAAAUUGAAUUUAGUUGAUCUCUGCUAUUAUGGCUGGUUCUCUUUUGUUCAUUUUUAAGCGGUUUGUUUAUUUUAUUUCUAUACAUUUCUGCCCAACAGCAAGUCAAGGAAAUGUACAAGAAGAUGAAAAAUUAAGGCAGAUUUAAGAUUAUAAUACCUUGAGUUCAAGCACCAGUAGUAAAGGCGAAUGCUGGGUUGCCUUGAAAAACCAUACUGAAAUUAUGAGUGGAAAAUAAAUAAUAAAUAAGUUUAUGGCUCAAGGGCCUCGGUGUAGCUGGAUUUCUCAUAAUGAGAAGUAGUUAAGAGUCAUUGGACGUGUUGUGUGUUUGAUAAUGAAACAAUGGUUGGGGAACAGCUGUCGCUCAGGGUAGAGCACCAGCAUUUUAUACAGAAGGUCCCAUGUUCGAUCCCCAGCAGCUUCAGGUAGGUCUGGGAAUGUUUCCUGUCUGAAAUCCUGGAGAGUUGCUAGGCAGUACUUUGUGAGAAGGACCAAUGGUCAGACUCUAUAUAAGAUGUAUUAAUUGCCACAGGAUGCUAUAAUGGGCUUUGCCAUGAAUAUUUGGAGGAAAUGGGUCUGCAAGUGCUUACUUCUUAGCAGCAAUAGCUGGGAAUGAAAUGGCCAUGAUUGGAGGCAGUGUGUACCUGGAGCUGAUGUCAGUUGCCAUCUUGCCUUGGGAACUUUCUUGAAAUCUCACUGGCUAUUUAGUCCAAGACAGGGUGCUGGCUAAAAUAUGCCGCUCUUGUAAUCCAAUUACUUCCAUGUGUUUUAAUGAUUUUAUGUAUUGUGGAUGUAGAUUCUAAAGUUUUUGGUGCAAACUGCAGUGUUUUCAGGUGUGUUGUCAUUGUUCUGAUGGGGAAAUAAAAUAAGUAAGUUGGAAUGGAAGGCAAAGAUUGGCACCUGUGGCAUGUCAUCUCUGCUUCACAUUUGCUCAAAAGUAGAGGAAAAAUCAUCUUGGGGGUUAAGCCAGAGGGCCCUUGUUUCAUUUUAGUAAUACAGUGCUAUUUUUCUAGAAAAAGUGGUGGUGGAACUCACCAUGAACACCUCCCCUGUUCUCUUAGAAUGGCAAUGGUGCCCACCUGAGAGGUGUCACAACUGAGUUCUGGCUGGGAAAAAAAGCCUUGGUAAUAGAGAUGUGAAGCCUCCACCCCCCCCCCCAAAAAAAAACCCUGGGUUGGAGAAAAAUUUAAUCCACCCUUUCCAAGACUUCACAUUUCUAGUAACAAGUAUUCUGUUACAGAACAUCAGUAAUGAAAGUUAUCUAAUUUUGCCUGGCAGCAAGGGAUAAAACUCUGCAGCUUGCUUCCUCUUAGGGCGUAGGCAGUGUUUGAAACAGAUAUAUAAGCUAAUUGCCAAAUGGCAGCUUAAACCUAGGUUAUGGUCGUUGCAAUGGAAUGUCUAGGCACCCUUUUUUACCAUGAAAUUCAUUAUUUAUUAUCAAAGCAGUAUACAACACAUUAAAACAUCAAAUAAAACAAUCCAGAAUAAAAAAAUUCAAGCUUCAAUGAAGAUAUUUCAGAUCCUUCUCUAAGUGACAUUUUGCCUUCCCCAUAUCUAUAUACCUACUUAAUUUAUAGAGCUGCCCCAUAGCAGAUGUGCCCUAGGAAGCCAGUGUGGUGUAGUGGUUAGAGGAAGGGUCAGCAACCUUUUUCAGCCGCGGGCCGGUCCACCGUCCCUCAGUCCAUGUGGUGGGCUGGACUAUAUUUUUUUGGGGAAAUGAACAAAUUCCUAUGCCCCACAAAUUAUCCAGAGAUGCAUUUUAAAUAAAAGGACACAUUCUACUCAUGUAAAAAUACGCUGAUUCCUGGACCAUCCGCGGGCCAGAUUGAGAAGGCGAUUGGGCCACAUCCGGCCCACAGGCCUUAGUUUGCCUACCCCUGGGUUAGAGUGUCGGACUAGGACCUGGGAGAUCAGGGUUCAAAUCCCCACUCAGUCAUGAGGCUCACUGGGUGACUUGGGGCCAGUCACAGCCUCUUAAUCUACCUCACAGGGUUAUUGUAGGAAUUAACUGAAGAGAGGGGUGAACCAUGUGCUCCUUGGAGAAAAAAGUGGGAAAUAAAUGCAAUUUCUCAUCUGCUUACCUGCAUAAGAAAGCUGGAAAGGCCAGCCAGAUGGAGAUGUCCAUUGUCAACCUGGCGUCCAGAGAUCUCCUGGGGGAAGAUCUCCUGGGGGUGGUGCCUGGGGGAAUUUUGGAACACUGGGCGCAUGUGUAUGACGGAGUAAUACUGACACAACUGAAGGCCACAACUGAAAAGUCACCAUGUUGGCAACUAGAUUUGUAAUUCUUAACAUACUGGGCCAGUACGAUAGGUUGGUAAUGACACACAUGGCAGCCCCCAUGACUGCUGAUUCUAGACACAGAAAGGAUGAGUCCAAGAAAGCCAAGUUACUUAUUGCUCAAAAGCUUUCCUCCUCAGAUUUUGAGAAUUAAUCAUUCCUAAUACUAAAUCAUAGCUUCUAACGCCUGAGCACAUGAAGCCAAAACAGCACCACCCAUGCACAAGAAAAAGUUAUGAGCAGACUUGAGGUUAUCCCCAAGGUUUCCAGUUAUGCAAAGAACCUUUGGGCAGGGGGCCCAUUAUAACUCAUUGGCAUGGAAUGUUGGCUGACUAAGUUGGGAUGUGGAGACUGACAGCCAAGUGGGAGGAAGUAUAGAAUGAAGAGACAGGAAAGGGAGGAGACACUCCAAAGCAGGCCAAUAAGGACUGAGCAUGUUCAGUGAGUGCUGUGACAAGACAGAAAACAGAUAUGAAUAGAAUAGAGUGCUGGAGCUCUGAACAAAGUCACUCCACGCUGCAGCAGUUUUGUUACAGGGCCACAUUUGCGUUUCUCUUGCUGCUUGAAAACAUUUAGGCAUUGCUAGUCCUGUGUUUACAUCUUACUCUAGUCUAUUUGCUUUAAAUGAAUUUAUGUGUCUUGAUUUUUUCCCCUUCUCCUUUUUGUUGUUGUUAGAUAUGUCCAUACUAUAACAAAGGGGGUGGGCCCUAUGGAUCUUGCACCUUUAAGAAGAUCUGUGUCAAACUCCACAUUUGUCAGUACUACCUCCAAGGAGAGUGCAGGUUUGGGAGUACCUGCAAGCGCUCACAUGACAUUGCUAAUUCGGAGUGUUACGAGAAGCUGGAGAAGCGAGGAAUGAGCCACGCCACGAUCACCAAAAUUCCCUUGAUCUACAGGAAUGCAUAUGACAUCAAAAAUAGCUCAGCAGCAUCAACUAGCAGAGGUAGAGUGCUUCAUUCUCUUUUAUAACACUAUAGAAAUCGCCAAUAUUGCUAGUACAGUAGCUGCUACUCACUGUGAACGUCAGGAACAGAAGGUUUAUAAUUAUUAUAAUUAUAAUUGUAUUAUUUAUACCCUGCCCAUCUGACAGGGUUUCCCCAGCCAGAUCAAUAUAGCAGUACUGUAAAUAUAUUGAUAAUCUUUUGCCCAGUGAAGGAGAUGGGGAGGCAGGGUCUGUAGCUCCUGCACUGCGAGUUUUAAGAGCUAUUUUGGCUUGCCUUCUAAGAAAGGAGAAGAGAACCUUUCAGAUAAAAUAGUGGGGCCAUGUGACCAAUUAUUAAGUUGGCCAGCAGUUUGGAAUUGUGAACAUAGGAAGCUGAGUUGUACAGGAAGAAUAAACAAUAAAAUGAGUAAAAUAAAUAUGGCAUAAUAGUUGGAGACAGAACACUGGUCUGUUUCAGCUAAUUGGCCUUUUUCACAUCAAAGUAAUCUAGAGUCCUUGGGAAGAGUUUUAACAACAAAACUUCUUUGUGGGCUAUAGCCAGUUUCUUUAAAUGCACCUCUGACUGAUAAAAGCUCAUUAACCAGAGCAGCUGCUUUCAUCAUGAAUUCUUCAUUGUGAACAUGACCUAAUGUUAUAUAUCAUACACUUUUUCAAAAUAUGCAAGAAAUACCCUUAUAAAGGACGCAAAUAGGAAAUUUCACCCAUUACAUUCUCCCACUCUUCCCAGGGCUAGAACAGCAUAACCACUACUUUCAUGAAACAUAAUUUGUAAUAGCUGUGAACCUGCUACCUCCUGUGACUAAUUAUUAGUAAUUGGAAACAGAUGUUACAAUAAUGCAGAUUGGUCAGACUUACUGUUGAGUCCUUUAGGAUUUACAGAGCUCAAAAGUAGAAACCCGGUAUGCCUCACAUUUACGUAAUGUUACAUGGGGAUCUUGCCCUUUGUACAAAGACCUGUGUACUUGUUCUGUAGCAAAAAAAAUCUUUUUAACUCCUCAGGAGUAGGCUUGCAUUAAUUAAUUGGGCUUCCAUGAUGUGUGCAGAGAUUUUGCUUUGAUGCUCACAGAGCAAACAUUCUAGUCUCUUCUGGUUUGUCCUAUAUACGUUAAAGGACAAGGACAUAAUAAGAUGUAUAACAUGAACUGAUUGGCCAAUAGUGGAACUUUUCGAUACAAACCUGCCAUCUACAGAAUUGAAUGCAUUGUUUAAGUUGCAAUGGUUGUGCACAAUAUGAACAACUGCCUCAAUUAAAAUGUCCAGUAGGCAUGACUAUUAUUCAAGCACUGACUUGAGGAAGACAGCUCUUAACUGGGUUUUCAGAUCUCGAAGUACUCAGGAACCCAGAGCAGUCAAGACGUUUAUUUGCUAAAUUUAUAUACCGCUCUUCAUCUGAAAAUCUCAGGGUGGGUCACGACAUAAAAAUACAAAAAGAGAACCCAAAAUACAUGAUAAAAUAAAAACAAACCAAUAACCCCCUUCCCACAAACACAUUAAAAAAGCCAUACAGUGUUCAUCAGUCAAAGGUUAUACAGAAAUGUUUUCACCUGUCACCUAAAGAUAUGUCAUGAUACUAAGAAUAUGCAAACAAAACAAAAUGUUGGAAGAAGUAUUCAUCAUACCAGUUGAAGAUUACAUGCAAUAAUUUUGGGUUUACUUAUAAAGCCUGCAACCCACUUGCACGGGCUUUGCAGUCCAAUUACCGGGUGCAGUCCGUAGGUUGUGAAACACUGAGCUAGAGUCUGUGUUUUCCUGCUUUCUCAGAAAGAAAAUUGAGCAGCGGUCAGGUACCAUCAACCACAAACAGCAGCGAAGAUUCAGAUUUUAUAUGCUUAUACCACAUUAGGAAAAGUUGUAGCUUUCAAGGUAAGUGUAAUAAAACCUGUGGUGGGUUCUAUCAAGCUUUUCUUUUGCAUGUGUGUGUAUGUAUCGCUGUCCGUCCCCCGUCCCCCCUUGUUUUUAUGCACUUUCAAACUUUGCAAAAAUGACCUAUUGCCAUCAUUCCCUAAGAAAUUAUGAUUUAAGCUUUAUUAUUUAUUUCGCCUUGAGCCACUUGAAAAAUAAUGUCGGCUAGUUUGCUAGCCUCUCUCUUUUACUUGCCCCUGCCUGCAACAGAUGUACUUUGAAGAAGAUCCCUUUACUUUAUUCUGCGCUUGAGCAUAUGAAUUGACUGGUGUCUCUUAAAUGACCCAACAUGGACUGUAUGCAAUAAAGAUUCCCCUUUUGCCGGGGUAUCUCUGGCCCACAAGCCAAUAUUGGCCCACCAGGGGAGUCCAGUUUGGCCCAUGAGGCCAUUUCUCCUCCAACCAUGCCAGCGUUUAAAUCAUCUGAUGUCAAUGUGUGUCAUUAGAUACUGGCUGGGAAGGCAAGUCUCAGUCCUGCUGGGUGCUGGUUUGCUAGCACAUUGCCUGUGAAGCAGGCCCUGGCAUAUGGCAAGAUGAAUGAAACCCUUCAUCAGAGAGUACAGUAUUGCUGGAUGCUGCUUUGCCAGUGUGUUACCCCAUGAUGUCAGAUGAUUGACGUAUGGGUGGCCCCACUCACAUGUCAUUGUUGACCCACAGAGUGACGGCAGACAAAGAUCUGACCAGCUUGGUGGAAGAGGUCUCCCAUCCAUUUGUGAUGGGAAAGUAUUAUUUGCAAAUAUUUAAGCAUCCUUGCUAUUCUGUUUUCUACCGUGUUGAUUUAUUAAGUGUUUACUAAACUUAUUAGUUUACUUUUGGGGCUUAACCCCCCCCCCCAUGUUAAUGGCCCAAAUUAAGACCUUGUCAUACCAACUGCUCAGUAUUCUCAGUAGAGAGGUUACGAUAAGUAAAAUGUUUGAAUGUUGAAUGUGUAAGUUUAUGUCUAGAGCAGCGUUUCCCAAACUUGGGUCUCCAGCUGUGUUUUUGGACUACAAUUCCCAUCAUCCUUGCAACUGGUCCUACUAGCUAGGGAUGCUGGGAACUAUAGUCCAAAAAAACAGCUGGAGACCCAAGUUUGGGAAACACUGGCUUAGAGGUCAUUAGAUGUACUACUGGAUGUUUAAUGGUUCUUGUAUUUUUAUUUGUUUAAAAACAAAACAAAAGUUUCAAAAAAAAUUCCCUCUCUCAAACCAACUUUAAAUAAAAAUGUGCAGCUCUUCUGUUGCUCCUACAGUAGCAUUAAGUUUCUGCACUUCAGCACCAUAUUGUAAAUGGCUGGCUGUUAGAUUAACUGCAAGCUGACUAAGCUGCCCAUAUGACUCACUUCAAAGUAGGCUGGCUGAAUUCUCAGCAGGCAUCAGUAGAAUCAAUUCUGAUAGAGACAGGGAAGUAUUAAUACCUUUAUACUGGCAGGGCUACAUCGGGACUAUCAUGCCAUCAGCAACCAUUGCACCCACCUGGCUGCUUUGGAAGGUGAGCCAGCAAGACCCUCUCCCAGAACUGCUCCAGCCAUUCCACGCAGUUGUUAUGUAACUGGUUUAGGCAAUAUCUUCAGCCUGAUCUGGCUCAUGUGUAGCAAUGGGGGAGUAUAAACCUGUCCUCCCCUCCCCCUUGGUCCAUCUGGAGAUGGCAUGUUCCUAGUAGUCCUAAAAUCCAAAUGCUUUUACCUGUGCAUAAUAUAACCUGUAGGCCAGUUUCGGGUGUGCUGUCCUACAUUCCAUGCCAUGAACAAGGUCCAGAUGAUAGGUGCUUACCUUCCUCUUCCCUUGCUGUUCCUUUUUCCUUUUGAGUCAUGUCUCUUGGCUUGCAAUCCAUUAUUUUAAAUUGCAAACCACCUUGAGUGCUUGAGUACACCAUAUGAAUGUAGUAACUUUAAAUGACAAAUGUCUCGGUUGUAGUUGCAUGUUUAGUAUGAACGUAGAUUAAUCAAUCCUAAGUGAGCCUUGGAUUUGCAGGCUUCCCUCUCCUCAACUGGAUGGAGACAACUGGUUAAAUGGAAAAUUCUGAACGCCUUGUCCCAGCUUUCUCCUUGCAAGCAUUUGUGGUUUGCUUCACAUCCUGUGUGUUUAGCACCAGCCCCUCAGUGUUUCUUCUGUAAAGCCCAUGGGUUUUAACACAACUUGGUUUUAUUUGUCUAGAUAAGUGUAUUCGAGAUCACUUCCAUUUGCCAUACAGAUGGCAAAUACUUAAUGGGACCCAGUGGAAAGAUCUGAAGGAUAUGGAGAAAAUUGAACAGGCCUACUGUGACCCCGUUAUUGACAGGUAUAGAUACAUUAAUAAUGCGUUCUAGUUUGGCUCUGAAUUUUAGUGAUACAGGUCUUUUUGCUGUUUGUUUAUAUUUUCUUUAGUAAUCAACUCUGCUGGUGGAUUACUACUUGAAUGUUUUAUUUUGCCUUUUUAAUGGCUUAACUGCUUUUGUAGUGCACAGAGCCUUGAUUUAAGCUGGUGGGGAAACAUUUGAAAUCGGCUUAGGCUUCAUGUGGGGAAAAGAACCAAAAUGCAGUGUGUGUGUGUGUUUGGGCUCUUUUAAAGGCAUAUUUGUGCAGUCUUAGAUGUCAUCUUAGAUUCAUGGAAGUUUCCCCCCCUCCCCCCAUUUUGAGGUUGAAAGGGAGGGUUCUAGGUCUCAAGAUGGCAGAAUGGGACUUGCAGUUGCGGCAUCUGCAUGCUUUUUUAAGACUUGGGAUAUGAUCUGACUUUAACCGUGAAUAAUAUCCCAUUGAAAGUGAGGGCAGAUCCACACAGUACAUUUAAAACACGUUCAACACACAUCUGAAGCACAUGCCUUCCCCCGAAGAAUCCUAAUAACUGUAUAUUCAUCUGCACAGAGCUACAAGUCCCAGCACCCUUAACAAAUUACCGUUCCCAGGAUUUUCACGGCAACAUCAUUACAGAACUUCAUGGAGCUAGUCAAAAUUGACUAGUCACUAUUGUUAGGAAGAAAGCUAGUCUGGGGAGGGGAAAAAAAGCAAGAGUGCUGCAGUAGUAGCCAACUGGGGCAGUGCAUCUGUGAAAAACAAUCUAAGCUUCAGGGAGUUUUGGGGAGAAGCACACCAGCCUCCUGGAAACUUCAUCAUGAAAAAGGGAGAAUUUGUAGCACAGCGCCACUGCUUUAAAUGCUUUUAACAAUGGAAUUACUCUUGGUUAAGGGUGGAAUAAAAAAAAAAAUCAUGCUGGCUUGUAGAAAGUAGCAGAUCUCGACAUUAUUAGUAGUAAAGAAUAUUUAGUUCUUUGUAAAUCUUUCAAGUGCACUCUAAACCCCCGCUCAAAACCCAAUUGUGCACAGAAUUGUCUACAACAGCGCUGCAGACAUCGUUUUCUCCAGUAUGACUUGUGGCACUGCCAAAAUUAGACGGCUCUCCACUGCAUCUUCUGUGACCAUGGCGCCUCACUAUAUUCUCACAACUGAUUGGAUCUGGUAUUGGAAGGAUGAGUAUGGGGUGUGGAAUGAAUAUGGAAAGGAAGUAAGUAACAUGGGAUCAUGCUGCGCUGAAGCAAGUCAUAUUGUGGUGACUCUUUUUGAGCAUUGUAAACUGGUGCAGAUAGACGAGCUUGAAAUCUAGUUGGCAUCCCUCUCUCAGCAAUUGUCUUGCUUCACAACCUGCUGGAACAUUUUUCUGCGUAGUCUUCCUUGAAGUAGAUCAGAACUCUGUUUAAGACCACACCUGUGGGUCAGAUUUAUUUAUUUGGAACAUUUCUGCCCAGUCCUUCAGUAUUGCUGUUCCCAAAACAAAAUAGGAAGCAUUUUAAAAACAAAGUGCAACAACAAAAAAAGCAAGAAUGGUACUAAACAAAAAUAACCAAGAGCCUUCUUGCUGGUGUUGCCACUGUUACAGAAGGUUUUCCCCAAGGAGGCUCACCUGGUUCUGCCUUUGCUGUCUUUUUGGUGCUAAUUGAAGAUCCUUUUAGUUUCUUGGGCUUUUAAAUAACAACUGACUGUGGAGUUUGUGCCUUUUGACUACCUGAUUUUGCCGAACUUUGAAAAUCUAUUCCACUUAAUGGAGAAACACUGUCUUGCUUUCUAGUCAUUCCUUGCCUCUCUAAUGUUCUGAGCAAUUGUUGCAAAUCCAUCCCAUGCAUGCUUGCUUAUAAAGGGCGAAUAUUUUUUUGUACAGUCCAGUAUAUCUCACGCUGUAGACCCCUGUAGAUUGUAAGGUUUCCUCAAAGAAAGUUCUUGGCUAUCUAUUUUUAAAAAGGGAUGUGAUUUCUUCUCUGCUGCUAGGAUGUUGAUCACUCUGCCGCCACAGUGUCCUGCUUUGACUUGGAAAAAGCCUAUCAGUCUGAAGCGUCUCCAACACUCACGUUUUCAGCUGGAAAACACAAAUACGAGCUUGAUUUCAAAGGUAGGUCUCAUUGAAUCAACUGAGGUGUUCUUAAAUACAAUCUGCUGGAACAGGGGAAAGGAACACUUUGUGGGCCAGAUUUGGCUCGGCAUGGGUGCCAGUUUUGCCCACCUGUGAGGCGUUUUCAAAGUAAAGGAAGGAUUGAACUCUGAUUAAUAAGAAGACACACAGAGGCUUGAACCAGCAAGACUCUGGGAAAGGUGGGUAUAAUAGUCUCUGUCCACGCCCAGGUCGUUUUAUUCACAAAAGAACUUUUUACAGAGUGUUCGUAAGAACCAAUCAGAUUUCUUCUGAGCAUUUCAACAAACCCCACAUGGGGACAAAGUUAAAGUACCAAAACUAAUUAAGCACACAUACUUUUGGGGUAAACAAAAGAGAACUACAAAGGAUUGCAUUUGGCAACCCUGGAGGUGAUAAACAAGCAAUAUACAUGAUAAGAAGGAUGGCCAGGAAGACAGCGAUCAUUAUCACCUUCAGGUGAGAUUUGUUUCCUGGCCCUAAGAUUAACAUAUCAGAAAAGCUACAUCAAAGAAACUUGCCCACUAUCUUUAUGGCCCAGGACGCCUGCCUGGCGAAGCAUACGUGACUUGUCAAGAAAGAGAAAUGGGCAGUAGAGAAAAUGGCCAGAGAUGCACAGGGUUGUGGGAUUUGAUCAGAAAUUAUUGUCAAUGAAUUAAACCCAGUCAACACAAUGCAUUCAUCGUGGACACAAUGGCUUGAUGCAUAUUUUAUAAUUCCUCAUAGUAAUCCCGCCUGAGCCCACACUCUGGAUAUUUGCACUCCUACACACCUGUCAAAUGUGAUGUCAGGUGUGCAGUAGGUAGAGACACAGCUGGAUCCACGUCAUGCAUCGUAUCCAUGCAGAUGUCUAGUUCUUUGGAAGGCUUUGAAGUGCAUUCCAAACCCUUUCUUUAAACCCUGAUUUCGACAGAAUUCUCUUCCCUGCUGCUGGGGGAAGCUCUACCCAUGAAGAAAACCGGCUUGAAAUCACCACCCAUUAGUUGAUAGGUGUUGACUUCCAAGUCUGCUGAUCAGCCCUGCACAGGGCUCUUUGCAAGUCCCAAAUCCCAUGAAACAUUGCAUGAUGUCAUUGUGACAUCAGGUGAUUGACAGGUGUGUGACCUCUUGUCAUUUGGCCCAUGGGAGUUAGGGGAGAUAAGGAUUCGAUCAGGCCCACUGGUUCAAUCAGGUUUUCCACCCCUGCACCAGAAGUCCACAUGGUGCUGCUGUAUACUGAGCUAGACCAUUGAUCCCUCUAGCCUGGUAAUGUAUACUUAAAAAGCUCUCCAUAACAGAGGUCCUUCCUAGCCAUGCUAUCUAGUACCUUUUUUUUUACUGUAGCUGCUGGAACCUUCUGCAUGCAAAGCACAUGCUCUACCAUUGAACUAAGGUCACACAAUGGCCACAUUCAGAUGAACAUAUUUCUGCCUAGUAAGCCAAGGUAUGAAUGAAUGAGCCUUGUGUCUCUGCAUGCAGCCCUUUACUUAGGUGAGCAAACAAAAUCAGGUGGACUUCUUCCAAGCCAUGGCUUGAUAUCCUUUCUUGUUCUGAAAUUGGUAACCAUCGUUUCCUGGUUUGGACUAUAGUCAGUUGUUCCUUGGUUCAUUUCAAAGAGAGAGGAGAAGGGGCUGCAUGCAUAGCCAGAAGAGUAAUUCAUAUUUUGUUAAGCCAAGAUAGAAUAAUCCCUCCUGUUGAGCAGAGGGUUUUUUGUUGUGUUUAUGAGACGGCAGUGGUCUUUUCUAGGUGCUUAGAUGGCUUCUGUGAUACAGGUAUAGAAUGGACCUUGCAUGGAGAUCUACCUUAUAAAUCAGGAGUAGAGCAUCACCUUCAGAAGCCAAAUAGGCCUUCUUUCCAUUUUGCCCCAUAUUAAUUGGUUUCACCUCUGCUUCAUCAGCCAGAGAUGAAGUUUCCUGCAGAUUAUAUUCUAAAAGAUUUUGAAGGAAGGAAUGUUCUUUAGAGGUUUUCUGGCUCUUCUCGGUUUUAAGUUAUAAAUCGGAACCAGUGGUAUUCAGAUCUCUUUUAAGAGGGGGUAUAAAUGACUUUGGCAGCAGAAUAUGUUUUCAAAUGGAAUAAAUGUUAUUCUCUAUGUAAGCACUGUUAAAUAUUUCUGUGGCUUCCCCCUCCUCCCCAGCCAUGAAACAGAAAAACCUGCGUUACCUGACAGAACGAAGUGUUCGAAGACGACCGAAGUUUGUGUCUGUAAAGGAAGUAGAGAAGAAGAAGAAAAGGUUGGUGACCAAAGUCUGUACUGUACAGUGGUGCCCCGCAAGACGAAUGCCUCGCAAGACGGAAAACUCGCUAGACGAAAGAGUUUUCCGUUUUGGAGGUGCUUCGCAAAACGAAGCUCCUAUGGGCUUGCUUCGCAAGACGAAAAUGUCUUGCGAGUUCCUGCGGUUUUUUCCCCCUUCCCCCCCCUUUUUCUAAGCCGCUAAGCCGCUUAUCUGCUUAUCCGAUAAGAUGAUAAGCCGCUAAAAGCCGCUAAUCCGCUAAUCCGUCAAUGGGCUUGCUUCGCAAGAUGAAAAAACCGCUAGACGAAGAGACUCACAGAAUGGAUUCUUUUCGUCUUGUGAGGCACCACUGUAUAGAGAUUAUGCACUACAAAGGACAUCAGUGAGGAUUUCAGGAAAGAAGGAAGCAUUUAAUGCUUGCUGUCUGCCUUUCCCAUUGUCUCCACAACCUGUAAUAACACUGUGGGUGUUCCAGAGUUUUGAAUUCAACAAUAGAGAACAAAGUGCACUGGGACAGAACCUUUGAAUUAAAGGAAAUCCUAAAACACCUAAAGAGCGUUUUGCAAUAGUUGAGGGGACCAGCCAAUUUCAGUGUUUUGUCUUCUAGGUUUGUUUUUUCCUGUUGUGAACCUUUAUUUUAAGUGAGAGGUCUGCAACUGGAGGCCCCUGGGGGAGAGCCUGUCCUCUAAAGUGAGCCAGUGUCGUGUCGGGCUAGGAUCUGCGAGACCAGGGUUCAAAUCCCUACACAGCAACGAUGCUCACUGAGUGACCUUGGGCCCGUCACUCACUCUCAGCCUACCCUAAUUCACAGGGUUGCUGUGAGCGUAAAAUGGGGAGGAGGGGAACUCUGUAAGCUACAUUGAGCUCCUUUGAGGAAAGGCGGAAUAUAAACAUAAAUAAAGGAUUCUGGAAGGAAAAGAGGUGUGGAGAACUUUGGAUCCACGGCAGGAAUGUGUGUUUAGGGCUGGCCCAGCUCUCAUCACUUGCUUUUCAAACCGACUUCCUAGGAAACUUGAGUUGCUGAUCAGGGUUUUAACCUCCUGUUUAGUACUGUAGACGGAGAGGUUAUGAUUCUGGCACGGGUGUUUUGCUGAACAGGAGCUUUAAUUCCUCCUUAAUUUAAUUGGUGUCUUUACGCUUUAUUUUAAGACGAUAUUCAAAACUUGAAUGUGUUCAUUUUGCCACAUAUUCAGCAGGUGUAUGUUCCCCCGGCAGCUUAAUAUUAUAUGUAAGCAUUAAUGCUUAAUUGCUUGAUCUCUUCCCAUUGCAAAGUGGGGCCAAGCAGUCGACAGGAGACAAUGCGCACAUUCCAGCUCACUGGGACCAGUCAGCCUUGCCAGAACUUGGAUAUAAGGUAGGGUACUCUGAAGUGUGUGGGGUCAGGCUGUCCCUGUAAUGCCUCAAUACCCAAUAUGACAUCUUCCCUACUGACAUUGUGUGCAGGCACUGUACAAGAUGAUGAUUAGCUUCUGCCAAAGGGAAAGGGCAGCUUUAGCACUCUCCUUGGCAGAUUCUACGCUCCAGAACUAUUCGCUUUUACUCACAUCUUUUCAGAUUAGUUUAGUCUGAUUAUUGCAGAACCAUAAUUUGUGUUUUGGCAAGGUGAUAGGAUGAGAGAUGUGCAUUAUUAUCUAUUUCCCUCCUUCGUAGCUUUCCUUUCCAUCCCUCAUGGCUUCCAUAAAGUGAUAUCUAACCUAUCUAAUAAAAUGCAAGAACAAAACCAGUAAAAUGGAACAUUGGGGAGCAAUGUUAGCAGUUAUUUACCCCUUCAAAGAAUAUAAAUGUUUUGCUAGUCUCCCAAAAGUCAGGAGAAAGACGAGAUGCAUUAGCCAAAUGGUUUGUGGAGAUGCAAGGGGUGUGUGAGGAUACUGCAUUAAAUACUGUCUUUGAAGGGCUCCCUGACUUGAUAAGGGUUCCCUGACUUCUCCCAUUCAGGAAGCCACUGCACCAAAGAAUUAGGGUGAGUGUAGAUGAGAACUCUGUGCCUUGUCAUUCAGAAAGGUAGCUAAAAGCCUACUGUGCAAUAGCAGGGUUUAUAUCUGUGUUCCAUAUCUAGUAACAUCCUGUUGCUGAACAACUGUGUUUACAAGGAGCACAUCUCUCAAGCCUGAUACCUUCUAUACUCCUGAACCAACAGAUGAAGAUUAAAGAAUAUCAAAAUAGGUCAUAUUUUAAGAACGUUUCAGCAUCAGUAUUCUUAUACUUUUCCCCAGAGAUGAGGAUGAUCCAAGAUAUUGUCCUUUAAGUGUCUGGUCAAAAACCUAUCUCUCCUUCUCCCCCUGCCAUCAAUAUUGAGGGGCCCCGCACCUCUGGCCUGCUACUCCAAAUCUUCUUUAUGCACAUUUGGAAUUACCUUUGUUGCAUGGGAUACUCUUGCUGCCGUUUCCAUGAAGCAUCUUUGUACCUUUUGCCUUGUAGCUGAUCACCCUUCUCCCAUCUUCCAAGGAGCACAGAAAUGUCCAGGUUAAUUUUCAGCGCACGAUGCCAAAUGCAUUGAUUAUGAGCGUCAAAAGAAUCCAGAAUUUGGCUCUGUGGGAAGUAUAUCGGUGGUAAGUGCAAAUUCAUUGCUCUGGUGUUACGUAACUGGGUUUCUCUUUACUUUUCCAAAGCCCAGAUUUACUUCUGCGUAGCAGAGGUCCGAAAACAUUCCUGAGUGCUGGAUUGAAGUCCUGUUGUGUUCCUCAGUGUUUAAAUACUCAGGCAGUGUUCAUAGAAUCAGAGAACUGUGGAGUUGGAAGGGACCACGAGGGCCACCUAGUCCAACCUCCUGCAAUGCAGGGAUAUUUUGGUGUUUGGGCCAAGUAAGAAGGUAAUAGGACAGCCAUACCUAAAUUUAUUGCAAGCGUCUUAAGCUUGGGGUGGGACGCGGGUGGCGCUGUGGGUUAAACCACAGAGCCUAGGACUUGCCAAUCAGAAGGUCGGCGGUUCGAAUCCCCACAACGGGGUGAGCUCCCGUUUCUCAGUCCCUGCUCCUGCCAACCUAGCAGUUCGAAAGCACAUCAAAGUGCAAGUAGAUAAAUAGGUACCACUCCAGCGGGAAGGUAAACGGCGUUUCCGUGCGCUGCUCUGGUUCACCAGAAGUGGCUUAGUCAUGCUGGCCACAUGACCCAGAAGCUGUACGCCGGCUUCCUUGGCCAAUAAAGCGAGAUGAGCACCGCAACCCCAGAGUCGGUCACAACUGGACUUAAUGGUCAGGGGUCCCUUUACCUUUAAGCUUCGGAUAGAUCCAGGACCAUGGUGUUGAGGAGGGCAGGGAUGGGGGCAGUUCCAAGUCUUUUUCCUUGCCGUUUCCCCAUCUAGCCUCCUUCCUUUUUGUUUCCCCCUUGGGGAAAACAUACACAUAUCCAACCAGCCCCCUCGGAGGUCUCUGAGAUACUUCAGGUGUGCAAGUAUCCAGGUGGUCGAUUUUGCACAGAACUUCCCAUCAGAAGCUUUGAACUAGGCCAUGGUACUUUUUGGAAGUUGGGAGGCUUUUUCGCCACCACGGUACAAGGUUUGUGCCUGUGCUUUUGCUCCACAAAGACCCUGACUUGUUUGUGUGUAGAUUUCAGUUCUGUUUCUUUUGCUGUAUUUGAAACAGGAAGCAAAACUGAAAGCAGUAAAUUAUGUUUCUGUUUCUUUUCCUCAGAGUUUUGUCUUGUUUGCUCUGUAUACGAAACCAGUUUUGGUAAUCUGCUCCAAGUGACUGCUUCUCAGUUUUGGAACUGGGUUCACAUUGUUAGAGGAAUAUAUAUGUGCCUCUCAUAAGUGGCCACCAUGUUUUCUACAUAUGCUGAUUGGCGACAUCUAUAAUGCUAUCUGGCGCCAUGUCAGAAUACAGGAGAGUUGCUCUCUUGAUUAUUUCUUAAUCCAAGCACAUCCCUUUAGACUUGAGGUGGAAGAAGGUGAUCUUAAGAUACUCGAAAACAACUUCUGACAGGCACCAUGCAUGCAUUUAGUUAUUGGAUCUGAGCUCAAAACACUGUUGAAUUGUGUAAAAUCACAUUAGUGUGGCUGGGUUGGGCAGUUGGAAGGGAACAGGCAGCCUUAUACAAAGCUCCUGUAUUAGUUAUGAAUGUUUAGCCUCUUUCACCAAAACACCUGAUGAUGAUUUAAGAAAUGUGUGAUUUACUUGCUUAUUUACAGUGCAGUCCCAACCAUCCAUACUCAGAAGUAAGUCCUAUUGAAUUCAGUGGGGCUUAUUCCUGUUGAAUGAAGUUAGUGGUACCAGGGUUGCAGCCUUACUGUAUGUAUAGACUGCUUGGAUCUACAAAGGCUUCCAUAGUGGUUUGCAAUAAAUAAUCAUAAUCAUAAUAAUAAAUAAUGUGUAAAAUCUAAGGGCCAGUAGGCAAAAAAGCAAGACAGAGCAAAACAUCAGAACAAAAUACCUUUCUUAAUCUUAACUGCUGAAGACACAAAGUAGAAAAUACAAGUUUUCAUUCACUGAGAAGAUGGAAUUCUGAACAGAUGGGGGCACUACAGAAAAGAUGCAUCAUUGGUGCUAUCUGAAGCAGGGCUGCAUUGGCAAAUCUUGAGCCCUGGGUGGAUGAAGCUUAUGCUAAAGCAGUGCUCUCUCUUGUCAGAUCCUGGGUGUUUCUGCAUUAGGGAACUUUGAGAUAUUUGCUUCUUUGUAGGCAGAAAGAACAAAUGAAGAAGGCAAAUGGGGGAAAGGAUGUGGAUGAAAGACAGUUAUUUCACGGGACCAAAAAAGACCACAUUGAUGCUAUCUGCCAGCAGAACUUUGACUGGAGGAUCUGCGGCGUCCACGGCACAGCCUAUGGCAAAGGUAACUUCAUUCCGUUAAAACUAUUGUGCAGAAGGAAAAGUGUUAUCUGCAUAAACCAUGGCCUGAAGUUGCCAUGCUUCCUCUGUUUCUGAAGGCAUUUGUUUUGUCCAGAUGUUAUCUUGGAAAUCCAAAUGGAUUGUUUAUAAUUUAAGGGUGGGAAAGGGUGGUUUGCAAAGAACGGUGAGACUUCUAAGGAAGCAUGUUUUAGAUUGCAGCCUUAGAGGCAGGACAGUGAGCAGCCUAGAUGGGCAGCUGAUGGAAGAACAUUCUACUUUCUGGCCUUACAGUAAAGCUUCUAUUGGAUUUGCUAAUGUUACAUCUGCUGUACCACCUUGAACUAAUAGUCAGUAGCCUUACUCUGCGCUGCUUCUUUUUUGUCUCUUUCCACUCCCUCUCCCCUUUACAGGAAGUUACUUUGCAAGAGAUGCUUCAUAUUCUGAUAACUACACCAAAAGCAAUUCUUCUGUCAAGACCAUGUUUCUGGCCAGAGUGUUGGUUGGGGAGUUUACAAAUGGCGUGUAUUCCUACCUCCGCCCUCCUGCCAAAGACAGCCAGAACUCAGUCUUCUAUGACAGUUGUGUGAAUAGCACCCAGAAUCCAUCCAUCUUUGUCAUUUUUGAGAAGCACCAGAUCUAUCCCGAAUACCUCAUAGAAUACAGAAAUUAGUAGGAGCUUUACUUUGGAGCGUAUAACAUCUGUCUUGCGGGCUGCUUUCAGCAGACAUUUUAUAUUGGGAAUGUGGUGUUUUACUUAUUGAGAUACAGAUAUUUUAAAAAGUGUGCCUGGUUAAUUUGGGCAGCCUUUUUUUAAAAAAAAACAAACAAACACCAAACCAUAAUUGUUUUAAUGUAAGUUCCUGACACAUCUGUGGGUGGUAAGCACCUCGUUAGAAAAGACCUACUUUCUCUUUCACAGGAGGGAAUGACUUCUUUGAGAUGGUCUCAAAGCAAUUCUUCCUUCACCACGGCUAUUAUUUUAUUUGUGAGCAUAAGAUUUGAUUGAUUAAUCAUACAAGCUUUAAUUGACUAAGACUAUGUUAGUGAGAGGGAGGGGGUGGCGCUGUGGGUUAAACCACUGAGCCUCUUGAGCUUGCCGAUCAGAAGGUCGGUGGUUCAAAUCCCCGCGACGGGGUGAGCUCCCGUUGCUCGGUCCCAGCUCCUGCCAACCUAGCAGUUCAAAAGCACGCCAGUGCAAGUAGAUAAAUAGGUACCACUCCAGCGGGAAGGUAAACGCCAUUUCCGUGCGCUGCUCUGGUUCGCCAGAAGCGGCUUAGUCAUGCUGGCCACAUGACCCGGAAGCUGUACGCCGGCUCCCUCGGCCAUUAAAGCGAGAUGAGCGCCGCAACCCCAGAGUCACCCGCGACUUGAUCUAACGACCAGGGGUCCCUUUACCUAUGUUAGUGAAGUGCAACAGGUCUUAUGUGAAACCUCUUGAAAUGGUUGUGUAAUGACUUGCUACGCAGUCCAGAGACCACUGCCUCCAUUUCUACCUGCCCGCCCCCUGCAGGAUGCACCUUGAAGCUUGAUAUCAUUAGUGCAGCUUGUGAGUGUCAUUUAUUUUCAUUCCCAACAGUGGAAUAUUUUGUGUGGCUUGGGUCAGUAAUACUUUAUGACUCUAGGCAACGACUGCUGUUUACCAUCAGCAAGCCAAAUGCCGCAGCUUACUCUCCUGUGACUUUUCUGCCCUUUUAUUUUAGCAGUGUUGAUUCCAGUUCUCCCUUGGGACAUUGUAGUUUCUCCUUCCUUGGAGGCUUUUAAGCAGAGAUUGGAUGGCCAUCUGUCAUGGGUACUUUAACUGAGAUUCCUGCAUUGCAGGGGGUUGGACUAGAUGACCCUUCCAACUCCAUGCUAUAACAAAAUGGGCUCACUAGGAUUUCCCUUUCCUGAAACAGUGCCCCCUUAGUUUAUCUGCAUGACAGCCUUCAUCAUAAGCAACCUGGGGAAAUCAGUAUUGGAAAAGUUUUGGAAACUCGCCAUUGCAUAUAUACAUGUGCUAUAUCAACAAAGGUGGCUUUAAUCUGGCUGCAAUAGUUUGGGCAUGCGGAAGCUAAGGAACAAUCGGGAGAUCACUACAAACUCCUGGCUGUUCCUCUGAAAUCCUGCCCUUUCCCAACCCACUCCUGAAGUUUAGCUGGUAUAGCUUGGUGGAUAGAGUUGGCUGGAUGCAUCAUUUAACUUAAGCCCAUUGAGGGGCUUAACUGGUUGAAUAACUGAUUAAUACUGGGAUUGGUUUUUUAAACGGCUCAGUUUUUAAGCAGUGAAUGUGUUUUGCUGGUCUUGCGUUGAGUUCCUCAAGACACUGUUGAAACUCUAGUUGAAAGCAUUUCAAUAUUGUGAGAUUCGAGUGGAUACUGUCUGGUAUCAUUUGCAUCGAUCCUUUUCUCUCAAUGCAUCUGUCUUUUAAGUGAAUUAAAACGACUGGAGUUAGAAAGGCUCCUGAGUCUGUGGUGCUGUUUUUGCUUUUUAAGAUCUCUGUUUCUGUGUUCCGUAAGUUGCCCAACAGCAGGACAACACCACUUAAUGUUCAUUUGGCAUCAAUAGAUAUGCUGCAUACAGGAUGUGAAUUACAUUGUUGCAACUAGGGCUGUAGAGAGAAAAUAAUAUUUGAAGAAAGAGGAGUAGCAAAGAGAGGUGGUUGGUUGGCAUUAACCAGGAUAAAGUAUGGAAGCCAUUAGUUUAUGGGCAAUCCAGUAAAUAACUUUUCUUGAAAAGAUGUUAUUUUGGGGGACUAGAGAAACUAGGGGCUUGCCUAGAAACUAGGGGCUUGCCUAGAAAGGGAGAAUGAUAUACAUGCUCCUAGAGAGCCGUAUACAGAAGCUGCUUUUGGCAUGUUGAUAUCUCUGGAUUAGUGGGUGUUGGGAGUACAGUAGAUGGACAUCCUAAUGUAAAGGUGACCCAUUCAUACUUAAUUGUUUUCACUUGGAUGUUCAUUCUGGUGCAACUAAUUACAUAUAACUUUAUGCUGCUAGAGUUGGAUUGGGACCACGGAAGAUGUUUCCAGUAGGAGAAAGUACUGCCAUCGGUCAGAGGUGCUCUGUAGGGCUACAAUAAAAAGAUAUCCAUGCGAGUUUGGGGAGAGUUGUGAUGAAGAUGGGCUACCUCUGUCAUAGGAUAAAAUAGCACCACAAAGAAACACAGGGAAAACGAUAAGUAUAUACGAACUCUUUCAAAAUACCUUUAUUUUGUAAAUGUAAAAAAUUGUCAAUUAGACGGUAAAAGCAAAUAUACAAAUGCUUCACAUUUAGUAAUCAAUAAUAGCAGUUUAAAUGCUUGUUUACUCAGAAAAGUAUUGUUAUAGUCAUCUAUGAAGAAAGAAGCACAGUUCCUUUCCCCGAUUAUUUUUAAAUGUGCAGUUUAAAGCAGAGACAAAAGAAUUCCUUGAAGGUGCUUCAUUGUAAUAAUCAUAGCAACUAAAAUAAUCACUCUGUCACAGC